AGCGGCCGAGGACUUUCUUUUCCUUUCGGCCUAUCAUCUGGCGUCGGCACCUCGCUACGCUGCCCUGCCUGCGACGUGUGGCAAGUGCAGGUCGCUCGGACGCUGCGGCAUGACCGCAAGCUAUACCAGCAGAAAGUAGCAGUUGACGCGUCGGCACUGCCACAGCCAGCUUGACGUCUCAGCUUCGCCCUGCUUUAUAUCAUGGCUCGGCGCCCUGCACGUCUCUAGUCCGAUGAACAAGCCUAGGCAACAUCUCACUGUCUUCCGCUUGUCACAACUCACGGUCCAAUGUCUGCUCCUGCCAUCGAGGCUAGGUCGCUUUCUACCCUUACUUCGCUUGCCUCGAAUCCGCCGUCGUACCCCAGGAACCCCACUCACGUGAGGCACGAGCCACUGGUCUUGUACAUUGCUCGUGUGCCUGGCAGCAGAGAUGUCUUCCUCUCUCCGAUGAAACCGCGGGAAAAGGUGGUCACAGCAGAAGACAUUCAAAAUUCCUUGUAUUUCGUACACGUCGAGCAGCCCGAAGACGAACAACUCAUUGAGACACCUUCCCUGGACGGGCCGCCGUACCCUGAUUCUCGCCCAAACUCUUCACAUGGGUCACAGCUAGCCACCGUGCAGCGCAAGCCCGUAUCCAAUCCUGCCGCUGCUGUGUCUCCUGCUGCUAAACGCAAGCCUGUCCCCAGUACACUAGCCCCUGUCAAUGGCUUCGAAAUUACUCACAACAACGCUGGGAACUCUCAGCAGAUACCGACGGGUCUCCUAGGCCCUGACUACGUGCCCCGCCGAUCGUUUGAGGAUGCCCGAUAUCACGACGAAAACAGACCUCCACUCCAACAGAGGCCAACUCAGCAACCGACAUCUCCAGGAACGUCUCUGGUCCUCAUUCGUCGUGACCCGGCAUCUGGGGCGCAGUGGAAUGUUGCUCGCAUUGAUGACCCUCCAGUAAUGGAUGUCUCGUCAUCCACUUUGAAUGGGUCGACGGCCAAGAAGAAACCAGGAGCACCAGCGUACAUCGCAGUCACUAAUCCCGGAUAUUCCAAAUUCUUGUAUAAUCAACAACCAACUGUUCCACCACUGAUCAGUCGGAACACCAACGCAUCUACCGCCACCUUCAAUCCUCCUCAAGGCCCCCUCUCCGCGAGUGAAUUCGGAAUUGAUCGCGAAGAUGGAGUGUUUCGUAGAAGACUGUGGAUGGAAGGUUCUAAACAUCCAGGUGGUGAAUUCGGGCACCGGAGGCUUAAGUCUCACGAUUCUAAUAUGUCGGGUGGCAGCUCUAGAAAUAGCUUUGAGGGUGUGCAAAGGACGUCCAUAGAUUCUCGACCUCCAGUAACCCCUCCCUUCCUCACGAGGGAAAACCAGUCAUACAGUUCCAUUCAAGUCUCCGAAAAGCAAUCAGCCUUUCGUGGAUACGUAUUCACAAGCCCAUGGAACGGCCGUUGUGAGUUCAUCACGGGUGCUGGGGGAGGUUCGCUAAAGUGUCGCCACAUUGUACCAGGUCUACAAGGAGCCCCUCCCGUGGCCCUAACGGUCAGCGAACUCCGGUUCAAUUUACCUAGCAGUUCCAAAGCGUCCACGCCCCGAGGCGAAGAGUCUUCUAAGCGAACAUCUUUCUUCCACAAAUCGCGGCAUAACCGACAUAGCUCCUCGGUAGACUCUCGCGUCGAGAGUACUGACGAUGUCAGGCGUUCCUUUGACCGCAUGGAUCUGUCCCUGGGGCAAGAGUUUGCCGGAGGUGGAUUUGGCGGCAAACAGGCAAAGCUGGGCAAACUGAUCAUCGAGGACGAGGGCUUGAAGAUGAUGGAUCUCCUGGUUGCUGCGAAUGUGGCGCUGUGGUGGCGGGCAUAUGAGAGGUAACACCACGUCUCUGUGAAAGUGCUGAUGUGAUCAAGAAGCUGGUUGUAAUAUGUUAGCGUGCAUGCUGUUUAAUCGAACACAUGAAUAGCCAGACACAUCGAUCCGUAGUCCAAUUGUGCGAGGGAUGCUGGCGUAGCUCUUCACACGCCAACUCAACCACGCGUCCGCGUGCACUGGCUCUGAAGCCAGCCAUUAUCCGCAAGCUGGCGACGGUCGACGCCUCCCUCGAAACAUUGAUCUACGUGAGUGUCUCAUAACUUCGGACUUUACCCAGAUCUUGCUCUCCCCUCUGUUUGAGUAAGUCAGGUCAGGUUUUUGAGGAGUCCAAUUCACCCUCCAUGUCAUCGGCGCAGGUAACUCGGCAAAGCUCACAAAUACUGCACCAUGGUUUUCUUAACACAGUCUCCCCUACCCAAAUCUAAAGCAACUUCUACCUGUUCCUAAUCAUCGAUCUUAUAAU